AUUAUUAUAUAGGUGAUAUUUCUAAGCACUUUAAUAUGGGUCUAUUUGUAUAAUAAUUAAUUGCAUAAAUAAAUAAAUAAAAGACAGAGUUAUAAUGCGUGUGGUGUGCGCAGUGUUGUCGCGUGUGUUCCGACUGCGGGGCGCGGUCGCCGGGCGCGGGCCCGUCGUCGCGUUGGCACGCGCACUUCACCGUGUGCGACUCGUGCUACCAGCAGCGGAACAAGGGCUCCUGCUGCCCGCUCUGCCGCCGGGCGUAUCGCGCCGCCGCCUACCGCGACAUGAUCCGCUGCACCCUAUGCAGGAGAUAUGUUCAUGGAAUGUGCGAUCCAGAGGCAGAACCGCAACAAUAUAAGCAGAAGAAAGAAUUGAAUCCAGCUUAUGAAUACAACUGUCCUAUCUGUAAAAGUCAGGCACCUGCGGGAUCUAAGUCUGGCUGUAAGUUAAUUGAAAAAUUCAAAACGUAAAAUAGUUAAAUUAAUUGAUUUAUAUUUAAUUAUUUAUUGUUUUUAGCCUUUGAUGAUGAUAACGCGGCGUCGACCUCUCAAGAUUCGUCGUUUGGUGAUGACAGUUUACAACAAGAACAGGAUCCUCUAGCUUUAGAAACGUCAAAGCCGGACGUAGGUUUAGGUAAGGGUAAACCGUUUUCCGUGUCGUCAAAAAUAGCCAAGAAAAAGAUGCAAGGUUACAAGUUGAAAGGUGGCUUUCCGCCGGCGUGCAAAUUGGGCUUCCAGAAAAGACAGAGGUCGGUUCUCGAAUUCGGGCGAAAGAGAGGUUCGAAACCAAAAAUGAGAGGUGUAUUUGGAGUACCAGGUCUCGGGUUGCAAAGGCCGCAAGCACCCGAUAAUAAGACCUCUGAAGAUGAUCCAGGUUAGUUUUGACAUAAACGUAAAUUGGUCUGAAGUACCAUACUAAGAAUAUUAUUUUCACCAUUUCAUUUAUUUUAGGAAUGGAGAAUAAACUAAUAUUGUGUUCGAGUAAGGAUAAGUUCGUUUUAACUCAAGAUCUUUGCGUCAUGUGUGGAGCAGUCGGAACUGAUUCCGAAGGGUGCCUUAUAGCCUGCGCUCAGUGCGGGCAAACUUAUCAUCCUUACUGUGUCAAUAUAAAGGUGUCUCAGGUGAUAGUGACACUCGGGUGGCGAUGCUUAGACUGCACCGUGUGCGAGGGGUGCGGCAGCCGCGGCGACGAGACCCUGCUGCUGCUGUGCGACGACUGCGACACCACGUGGCACACGUACUGCGCGCGGCCGCCGCUGGGCGAGGUGCCGCGCGGCUCGUGGCGGUGCGAGCGGUGCCGCCGCUGUCUGGUGUGCGGCACGCGUGACACGCUCGCCUGGUGCGACAACUACACCGAGUGCGCGCCGUGCGCGUCACUAGUGAUGUGUUGCGUGUGUUCGGAGCCGUAUUCUGACGGAGAACUGAUCAUACAGUGUGAAGCGUGCUCGCGAUGGUUACAUGCCACUUGCGACUCUAUACGUAACGAGAGCGAUGCUGAAACUUGUUGCCGUGCGGGGUGAGUUUAUUGUCUUUGUUUAUUGCACAUCUUUUUG